AUGAACCUAGAGGGAACACGCCAAUCUUCCCUGCUGCUCUCCCUACCGCCGGAGCUCCAGAUGCACAUAUCCGUCCAGGCCGCCCUGCCAGACGCCACCUCCCUCGCACUGACGUGCAAGACAGCCCUCGGUAUAUCGCGGCUGCGCAACCUGCCGACGCCGGAUCCCGUGGCGCAUCGGGCGCCGUGGAGCGCCGACCCUUCGUGGCAGUACACUGAUCUGGACUCGCUCAACCCCGAGUGUCGCUGCGGGCAGCUCGAGACGGUCCUGCGGCAGAUUCGGCCCCGGAACGCCCGGGGCCACGUGGACCGCACGCGCAGCCUGUGCGUCGACUGCGUGAGGUACCUGCCGCGGAGGAGGAGCCACUGGAGGGCCCGGGCCGACGCGCUGCGGAGCAGGUACUGGGACGGCGAGGUGCAGGGCGACUGGGACAUCGCCGUGCUCUACUUCAGCACGGGCGUCAAGAUGCAGUGUCCGCCGUGUCGGCUGCGGGAGCACGGGGACAUCAUCGACAGGGACACGGUGCAUGGACUCACGCCUGCCGAGCUGGCCAGUCUUGCGGGCGCGUGA